ACAGUUUAAUUAUUAAACAACAGGUUAAACACCCAAGGGAUAAAGCUACUUCCAGCUUGGACUUCAGAGACUAAGACUUGGGUUCUAAUCCCUCACUCCAUCUCUUCAAAACCCUUCGUGUCCCAGUGACAGAAGAGGGGAAACAGAAAGAGGGGAAAAAAAGUCCACCCCUUAAGACUUUCAGGAGGAGCAAGAGAGAACACACAAGGCAACGGCAUACAAACCCGAAGGGUCAUUACUACAGGAGGAGCCAGCAAGAAGGACGGGUUCCCUGACUCGGGCGACUCGCUCACUCAUCCCGCUUCCACCGGGUCUUCCAUUCCCGGCCCUGCCCUGACCCGCCGGGGGAGGCGCUGACACAGCAGAUCCGUUCCCAGGCAGGGCCCGGUCCGGAUUGGUCCAUCCACACCUGAUUGCCUCAACGCUCUUGCCCCAGACGGCUGCCCACCUCGGAUCACACCUGCUCCGCAUCCAGCCCUGAUCCCCGUCUGGCCGCGGCAGCCGCCGCCAUACCUGCUCAGGCCCGUCAAGCGCCAUCUUCCCUCUUCCGCGGAGGCCCCCGGCAUCAGAGCCGCUUUGGUGCGCAGGCGCGGAAGCGGGGCUUGGGGGACCGAACUCCCGGGCAGAGAACAGUUCCGGGUCAAUGGGCGGGGUGUGCGCCCAAACAAAGCAAAUAACAGGGGCCCUGAAGCGGCGGGGCCACGCGAGGUCAGGAGCUUUGGAAGGGGAUAAAGAGGACGCAGAGCUCCUAAAUGUUAUUCCGAAGAAACUAGGUUUUGGUUAAAGUAAUAUUACUUCCGGGUGCAAACAUCUAGUUUAUAAACCUGGACACAGAGCUUAAAGAAAAAUUUGUGGCCACGCUCAAAAUGGCGGAAAACUUGGAUCCGCGGACGCAGCCGACGCACACGGAAGCGGAAAUACGUUUGCUGCUUACACGUGCCGCUGCUGGGGUAGUGAAAACGGAGCUGGGUGGUGUUAGGAGCGGAGUGCGGAGUGUCUUUGAGAAGACGAGUGGGGAGCGGAGAGCGUAAUCUAGUAUUCUGGGCGGAGACGUCCUGAUUUCUGCUUUCUCUCCAGAUUGAGUGGCACUCCCCAGUUCCACUAUGGGCAAGAAGGGCAAAGUAGGGAAGAGCCGGCGGGACAAGUUCUAUCACCUGGCGAAAGAGACCGGUUACCGUUCCCGCUCUGCUUUCAAGUUGAUCCAGCUGAAUCGCCGCUUUCAAUUUCUGCAGAAAGCCCGAGCCUUGCUAGACCUGUGCGCUGCACCAGGUGGAUGGCUGCAGGUGGCUGCCAAGUUUAUGCCUGUCUCCAGCCUUAUUGUGGGUGUGGACUUGGUUCCAAUCAAGCCUCUUCCCAAUGUGGUGACUCUCCAGGAGGAUAUCACAACAGAACGUUGUAGGCAGGCCUUGAGGAAGGAGCUGAAGACCUGGAAAGUUGAUGUUGUGCUUAAUGAUGGGGCCCCCAACGUUGGGGCCAGCUGGGUCCAUGAUGCUUAUUCACAAGCCCAUUUGACCCUGAUGGCUCUGCGUUUGGCUUGCGAUUUUCUGGGUCGCGGUGGCUGCUUCAUCACGAAGGUUUUCCGUUCUCGUGAUUAUCAGCCCUUACUGUGGAUCUUCCAGCAGCUCUUCCGCCGUGUCCAGGCCACUAAGCCCCAAGCGUCUCGUCAUGAAUCUGCAGAGAUUUUUGUGGUCUGCCAGGGAUUCCUGGCGCCUGACAAGGUUGACAGUAAAUUCUUUGACCCCAAGUUUGCCUUCAAGGAGGUUGAAAUUCAGGCCAAGACUGUUACCGAGUUGGUGACUAAGAAGAAGCCAAAGGCUGAAGGCUAUGCCGAGGGUGACCUCACUCUCUAUCACCGAACCUCAGUCACUGACUUCCUCCGAGCUGCCAACCCUGUCGACUUUCUCUCCAAAGCCAGCGAAAUUGCAAUAGAUGAUGAAGAGUUGGCACGGCAUCCAGCCACCACCGAGGAUGUACGGGCAUGCUGUCAGGAUAUCAGAGUGCUGGGCCGCAAGGAGCUUAGAUCCCUACUGAACUGGAGGACGAAGCUUCGGCGACAUGUGGCCAAGAAGCUGAAAGAACAAGCAAAGGCAAUGGACAUCAGCCUCAGCUCAGGGGAGGAAGAGGAAGGGGAGGAGGAGGAGCAGGCGGCCCGGGCCUCGCAGCAGCCCUCUAAGGAGGAGGAGGAGGAGGAGCAGCUCAACCGGACCCUGGCAGAGAUGAAGGCCCAGGAGGUGGCGGAGUUAAAGAGGAAGAAAAAGAAGCUGCUGCGCGAGCAGAGGAAGCAGCGGGAGCGUGUGGAGCUGAAGAUGGAUCUUCCUGGAGUUUCCAUCGCCGAUGAGGGGGAGACUGGCAUGUUCUCCCUGCGCACCAUCCGGGGUCACCAGUUGUUAGAGGAGGUGACGCAAGGGGACAUGAGUGCUGCAGACACGUUUCUGUCUGACCUGCCAAGUGAUGACAUCUACAUAUCAGACGCUGAGGAGGACGACGACGACAGUGCAUCUCUGGAUAGUGACCUGGAUCCAGAGGACCUAGCAGGAGUCAGAGAACCUCAAGGUCUAAAGGACCAAAAGCGUGUACGACUUGCUGAAGCAAAUGAUGAGAAAGAGGAGGAGGGAGAGAACCCGCUGCUGGUGCCACUCGAGGAAAAGGCGGUACUGCAGGAAGAACAAGCCAGCCUGUGGUUCUCAAAGGAUGGCUUCAGCGGGAUCGAGGAUGAUGCUGACGAGGCCCUGGAGAUCAGCCAGGCACAGCUGUUGUACGAGAGCCGUCGCAAGGGGCAGCAGCCACUGCCAGCACCUUCCAGCGUGAAGACUGAGAGAAAACCACCCCCAUGCCAGGGUGAGGCCCCUGAAGGGGCAGGGGCUCCUUCAGGGACAGAGGCUGCCACAGGCCCUGGCGGGGAAGCCAGAGAUAGCAGCUCUGACAGCGACAGCAGCAGCAGUGAGGAUGAAGACACUUGGAAACCACGCAGUCAGAAGCGAAGACGGGGGCCUGAGGCAGGGGAUGACGACGGGUUUGAGAUCGUGCCCAUUGAGGACCCAGCGAGACAUCGGAUACUGGACCCUGAAGGCCUGGCUCUAGGCGCCAUUAUUGCCUCUUCCAAAAAAGCCAAGAGAGACCUCAUAGAUGACUCCUUCAGCCGGUACACAUUUAAUGAGGAUGAGGGGGAGCUUCCAGAGUGGUUUGUGCAGGAGGAGAAGCAGCACAGGAUACGACAGCUGCCUCUUGAUAAGAAGGAGGUGGAGUAUUACAGGAAACGCUGGCGGGAAAUCAACGCCCGUCCCAUCAAGAAAGUGGCUGAGGCUAAGGCCAGAAAGAAACGGAGGAUGCUGAAGAAGCUGGAGCAGACCAAGAAGAAGGCAGAAGCUGUGGUCAACACGGUGGACAUCUCAGAGCGGGAGAAAGUGGCACAGCUUCGAAGUCUCUACAAGAAGGCAGGGCUUGGAAAGGAGAAACGCCAGGUCACCUAUGUCGUAGCCAAAAAAGGUGUGGGCCGCAAAGUACGCCGACCAGCUGGAGUCAGAGGUCACUUCAAGGUGGUGGACUCGAGGAUGAAGAAAGACCAAAGAGCACAGCAACGGAAGGAGCAGAAGAAAAAGCACAAGCGCAAGUGAGCAGAGCUGCAGGACUUCCAGCAGGACUGUGUAAGGACGAGGCCUUCCGCCUCCUCAGUACCAUCCCGUCCCUUGUUGCCAGCAUCACAGUGUGAAAAGACAGGUGCCGGGCACUUGGGGGUGGUCCUGUGCUGUGAGGGGGAUGUCUUCCUGGCUGGAAGAAGGGCUCCUGUUAACAUGCCACUGAAAUGUCCUGUCGGCACCAUCCCAGACCCCACAACCGUUGUGGGGUAAGAAAAUCACACCCUUUUUAAAUCCUAAGCGGGGGAGUUCAGUGUUGGGAUGGCACGUGCUGUAGUCUGCUCCUGGGCAGGUGGGCAUCAUCUGAAUAAAAUCAGGAUGAUCAGUGCGUGGUAACUGUUGACACCACGUGCUGCACUGUUCCAGAUCACAGUUAAUACGUACCGACUCAUGGUGAAGUAAAUGACAAACAAUCCACAGGUCCCAGUAGUAAACCAUUUACUAGAGCAAGCAGAAAGGAAUGCACAUCUUAAAGAAACCUUCACAAAGUCACAAAAUUUGAAGUACGUAUAUUUUUCCUUUUAUAAACAAGAUAGAACAAAAAUCAUCAAAAUCAUUUCAGCAAAAGAUUCUUCUACCAUUGUGGCAAGUUAAAAAAAAUACAGUGAAAUAGGAGAAGACACUUUAAAAGCUGUUGUUGGAUUUUUGCUUAAUUUUCCAUUUAGCAACAUUUCAGGCCCAGCGCGGCUCUGGGUCUGGCAGGCUGCUGCUUCCUGUCUCAGGGCUGGGGAACCUGAGCAUCACUUUUCCCUCAGAAUCAGACAUCUCCCUUCCCUGCAAAUGUUUGGAUGCACCAAAGUGCUUCCCACACAUCCCUAACACCUCUGUGGAUUGGGUUCGUAGGAGCAGCCAACUCCUGCAAAGGGGUCUGCCUGGCCACAGAAAAAGAACUUUAUUUGUAGAUGUUUUUAAGGUGACAUUUUAGUAAAAAAUAUGCACUACAUAGAAUAUAAACCUAGAAUGAGUUUUGUGCCUUAUAAGGCCCUUUCUUCCAAGGUUUCCUCAACUGACCCUCAUGACAACUCACCCAGAGCCAAAAGAAGCUUCUCAGGUCUCACUUCUAAGGACCAAAGCAGCUUCCCAAAAACAUCUGAAAAAUGACCCAGAAGAGGGGGUAAUGUCUCCAAGCUCCAACUACUCACUAAGCACAGGGGGUCCUUGCACCUUGGGCCCCAACCCAGCCCUGAGACACCUAGUUACCAAAAAUCUUUCUAAAAAUAAAAUUAAAGACAAUUGAUUCACACUUCA